CAGCGGGCAGCCACCUCCUCCCGCUUGCAGCGACUUCGUCCCGCCUCGACACGCGUGGCCAGCUUUCAGUCUAGACUCAUCGAGCGAGGAUGUCGCGUUGAGUGGUUUCUCAGGCUCAGGCCCUGAAAAGCCCAGGAACGGGCCCCUACGUGUCCGUAGCGAAUGCCAGGGCGGGUGCCUUCACCAUCCCAGCAAAUCCCAAGCGGCCGUGGGACGGGCGGCUACUUAUCGCUCCGCUCAGGCCUAACGAGUCGAACGCGGAACUAGCGAGCAGGCGGAAGCCUCGUUCGGGGCUGUUGCUCAGCAGGCGGGGCCUGGCUUUGGGCCCCGGGCCUCCCAGGCUGGGACUCUGCGCCUGCGCCCGUGCGGCCGCGGCCUGCUCUCCCGGCGCGGCCGCGGUCCCUGCUGCAGCGCGCCGCCUGGGUGGCUGGGCGGUCCAUGGGCAGCAGCGAGGGCCACGAUGACAGAUUACGGCGAGGAGCAGCGCAAUGAGCUGGAGGCUCUGGAGUCCAUCUACCCCGACUCCUUUACAGUAUUAUCAGAAAAUCCACCCAGUUUCACCAUUACUGUGACAUCUGAGGCUGGAGAAAAUGAUGAAACUGUCCAGACUACCCUCAAGUUUACAUACAGUGAAAAAUACCCAGAUGAAGCCCCUCUUUAUGAAAUAUUCUCCCAGGAAAAUCUAGAAGAUAAUGAUGUCUCAGACAUUUUAAAACUAUUAGCAUUACAGGCAGAAGAAAAUCUUGGUAUGGUGAUGAUCUUUACUUUAGUGACAGCUGUGCAAGAAAAAUUAAAUGAAAUAGUAGAUCAAAUAAAAACUAGAAGAGAAGAAGAAAAGAAACAAAAAGAAAAAGAAGCGGAGGAAGCUGAAAAGCAAUUAUUUCAUGGCACUCCUGUUACAAUUGAGAAUUUCUUAAGUUGGAAGGCCAAGUUUGAUGCAGAACUCUUGGAAAUUAAAAAGAAACGAAUGAAAGAAGAAGAGCAAGCAGGAAAAAAUAAAUUAAGUGGGAAACAGCUAUUUGAAACAGACCAUAAUCUUGACACAUCUGAUAUCCAGUUUUUGGAGGAUGCUGGAAACAAUGUGGAGGUAGAUGAAUCUCUGUUCCAGGAAAUGGAUGACUUGGAGCUAGAGGAUGAUGACGAUGAUCCGGACUACAAUCCUGCUGACCCAGAGAGUGAUUUGACUGACUAAUGGACUAUCCGCAUCCGCAGAGAGGCGUGACUGCCACAGCAUCUGUGGCUGUGCUGAGGUGUUGAUUUUUCUUUCUUUUUUUCUAAGAAAAAAUAAUUCUCAGGAGAAUAUUCUUCUGAUAGCUUUCAUCAUUGAACUUAAUAAACUGACCUUAAAAUUUCAAAUAUAAAA